AUGGACGGUAAUAACAAGAUUGUGACCUCUCAUCUCAAACAUCGGUUGUUGAUCAAAGAAAUGUUCAUUGGCUUUUUCAAAAAUUUUUUUCCCAAAGUAACACUUUCUUUUGGUGAUUUACCAUCCGCCGAUGUAGUACUGCUUGAAUCGCAAGCAAAUGGGAAUUAUCAAAUGGUCG